GUUGCGCGGCCCGGGCCGGAAGUCGGCGAGUUCCCGGGUGUGUGUCUGUGUCUGUCUGUGUCUCGAAGCGGCACGCGGCCCGGGACAAACGCUGGGGAAUCCCACCUGAGGCGUCGCCGCUGUCACUACCAUCACCCACGGAGCCACUACUAGAGGGGAGUAGACCCGGCCCUUCGCCGGGCAGAGAAGAUGUUACCCCUGUCCAUCAAGGACGAUGAAUACAAACCACCCAAGUUCAAUCUGUUCGGCAAGAUUUCGGGCUGGUUUAGGUCUAUCCUGUCGGACAAGACGUCCCGGAACCUGUUUUUCUUCCUGUGCCUGAACCUUUCUUUCGCUUUUGUUGAACUACUCUACGGCAUCUGGAGCAACUGCUUAGGCUUGAUUUCCGACUCUUUUCACAUGUUUUUCGAUAGCACUGCCAUUUUGGCUGGAUUGGCAGCAUCUGUUAUUUCCAAAUGGAGAGAUAAUGAUGCUUUCUCUUAUGGGUAUGUUAGAGCGGAAGUUCUGGCUGGUUUUGUCAAUGGCCUGUUUUUGAUCUUCACUGCUUUUUUUAUUUUCUCAGAAGGAGUUGAGAGAGCAUUAGCCCCUCCAGAUGUACACCAUGAGAGACUGCUUCUUGUUUCAAUUCUUGGGUUUGUGGUAAACCUAAUAGGAAUAUUUGUUUUCAAGCAUGGAGGUCAUGGACAUUCUCAUGGCUCUGGCCAUGGACACAGUCAUUCCCUUUUUAAUGGUGUUCUGGAUCAGGCACAUGGCCAUGGAGAUCAUUGCCAUAGUCAUGAUUUGAAACAUGGUGCUUCACAUAGCCAUGAUCAUGCUCAUGGACAUGGACACUUUCAUUCUCAUGAUGGUCCCUCUUUAAAAGAAACAACAGGACCCAGCAGACAGAUUUUACAAGGUGUAUUUUUACACAUUCUGGCGGAUACACUUGGGAGUAUUGGUGUAAUUGCCUCUGCCAUCAUGAUGCAAAAUUUUGGUCUGAUGAUAGCAGAUCCUAUCUGUUCAAUCCUGAUAGCCAUGCUUAUAGUUGUAAGCGUUAUUCCUCUUUUAAGAGAAUCUGUUGGCAUAUUAAUGCAGAGAACCCCUCCAGUGUUGGAAAAUACUCUGCCUCAGUGCUAUCAGAGGGUGCAGCAGUUACAAGGAGUUUACAGUUUACAAGAACAGCACUUCUGGACCUUAUGUUCUGAUGUUUACGUUGGGACCUUGAAAUUAGUAGUAGCACCUGAUGCUGAUGCCAGGUGGAUUUUAAGCCAAACACAUAACAUUUUUACUCAGGCUGGAGUGAGACAGCUUUAUGUACAGAUUGACUUUGCGGCCAUGUAAUGAAUGAAAAGAAAUUGUCCUUUUUGGGGGACCCAAUAUUUCUGGUACUGUACAAUCCAAAACACUGUACCUAGCUUUUUAAGACGGAAAUCGUCACUACAAAUCCCCAGCUCCAAGUACACCAGGUAGCGUCAGCCUUUUGUGCUCUGCCAGGACUUCACAGCUGAGGGAUCAGAGUUAAGAGGGUCCCUCCUGGACUGUUGGUCUUGUCUUUUGUGCUCUUCCCUCCAAACCAUUUUGAUUUCUGAGGUUUCUAGUUUUGUUCCAGGAUGUUAGUUUUUGUUUCCUUUCUUUUCUUUUUCCAUUUCAAAAAUGCCCUCACUCCCAGUUCUCCUCCUAGCCAGUAAGAAUUCGGACUAUGGGCCUCCAGGUAUCUGAAUGUCUUCGCUGAAGCUGAUGGAAGCCACUGCUUCCUUUCCACAAAACUAGUGUUACUAAAAAAAAAAAAAAAAGAAAAGAAAAAAAAGAAAUCAUUUUAUAUGUAAUGUCACGAUUGUUGACGUUCUUCAGUAUAAUCAUAUGUUUGUAAAAUUGUUUGUACCUUGCAAACUUAUGAACCAAACCAUAUUGGGUUUUCAAAGUGCCUUUGUAUCAGAAAGUGUAUUUGCCAGCAUAAAAAUGUACCAUCAAAGGUCAUGCAUAUGUUUUUUAAUGGGUAAUUCUGUAAUCUGUACAAGGUGGAAGACUCUUGUUAGUGAUGUGUACAGAUUGUCUUUUCGUCUUUCCAGCAUAGGUUUAAAUAUAUGAAAAGUUUCCUCUUACUGCUUUACCUCAUCAAAAAACAGGUGUUAUUUUGCUUUUUAAAUCAAAUUCAGUUAUCACAUUGCAUUAUUCCAUGGACUGUAUUUUCAAAACUUUGCAAAGCAUUUGUUUUACAGACGGUUGUUUUGACUAAUUUAAAACAUCUGCUAAAUCCCAAAUUUCUCUAAAAGCUACUUGUCUGUGAUAACCUUUGCUAUGUCUCCUCGCUGUUGAUGGAUUUUCUUAAUGAAAGGAAAGGCAAUGUAGAGUGAAGGCAGAAAUGGUUGUGACAAUGUUAUUGUGUUUUUUCAUUCUUCAAAUGCUAAGUCAUACAAUUUGUUUUCUUGUGCAAGCCUUGCACAAAUACAGUUGCUUUCAGAAAUCCUAAAAGCAACAUUUUAUUGAGUUUGAACUAUUGAAGAUACAGAUCAGUUGUGAUAAAACAGGUGUCUUAGAAGUAAUAAAUAAGUUGAUUUCUGGGUUCUGGUGUAUUUGAAAAAUAAAAUCGUGAUUUGAGAUGACAAGUGCUUGAACACUCAAAGAUUCUCUGUGGUUUAUGAAGAAAUAUUGAUCUGGAUAGACAUUUACCCAUUGUUCUUUGUUUUAUCAUAAGGUAUCUUCCCUUUUAACUUUAAAAAACUGAAUUCUUGGGGGAAAAAACCCUGCAGGAUGGAAAUACUUGUUUAGAAUGUAAACCAGUAAUAAGCACUUUUUCACUGAUGGGGCAGAAAUCGCUGUUAUUUUGUCUAAGUUAUAAAGUAUCUUUCUCCCUAUUUCUGAUCUACAGUUUAUGAACUAUAGUAGGAAAACUGGACUACUUUAUGCUUUUCUAAACUGCUGCAGAUUGCUAUGAGUUGUUGACAGUCUCCGUUUUGCAGAUUAAGCAGUAUUUUCAAAGCAUUUCUACUUACUGCCAGGCAGUUCUGAAGCUAAGAAUUCCUGCAACAGAAUAUGUUUGACGAAAACAACUGUUGAGAUGUUUAAGGAGGGAAAGUAUAAAAGGAAAUGUCCUGAUAAAGUACUGCUUUUUCAUUAUAAGUCUAAGUAGUCAUUUGGAAGUUUUCAUCCACUACCAAGCCUGAUAGAAGCCUGGGGUGUUCUGUGGGUUUUGGCAUAUUGUGGAAAAUGUGAGUCUAGAUGAAGGCAGGAAUUUUGGUUGUGUGCCUUUAAAAACUAAUAUUAUAUGUAAUUGUACUGAUUGUUCACAUGUGGAGAUAAUAUUUGCACUGGCCUGUAAAACUGACCAGUGCAUUUGCAGAUGCAGUUCUGCCUUUCACCAAGCCCUCCACUCCAAGUGAAGUUUUGCAUCAUUUUAACUAUAUUCUCAAUACACAAGUGCAUGCGUAUGUAUUUUCUUUGAUAAGGCAUUGAGCAUACACAUUAUUAGACUGAUGUGGAACUCUAAUUUUGCACCUGUUACAAGAGGUUGCCAGCUUGUAUGAUUUAGCAGGUUGGCAUUUACAUUUAUGCUUUAAUUAAAUGUCCUUAAACCUGUGUGUGCAGUAAGGACAAAUUAGUGUGAAAAACAAAUUUGUUCUCACAAAUACUGUUAUAACAAAUACUCUGUCUCAUCUGUGUUUUUGGCACAGGUGUACUGCUAAAAUAGAUAAUUCCACUCAGAAACGUUACCUGAUUGUUGUUAAAGAUUUGAGAUGUCUUUAUUAUUGAGCUAAGUAAUUCUUGGGGCUCAAGGAAGGGGGAUGAAUCUCUGAGUAGAACUUUGCCAAUUUUUUAAAAACCAAAAUAUUCUCUGGAGAACAAAUUUGUUUUGCUCUGGGGCAGUUUACUUAGCAAGGUAAACUUCCCCAAACUGAAAUUACCUAUAUUAGUUUUGCGUUUUGAAAUCUAGAUUAUAUUACUCAAAGGGCUUACUGUGUGUGUUUUAUUUUGCUGACUCCCUGUGCACUUUUGUGAGGGGCAGUGUGUAAUCUGUAGCUCCGUAUUCUUCUCAUUGUCGCCAAGCUGUCUUGUGCAGAGGCAUAAAGAAGUAGUAGGUAGUGGCACUGGGAUUUACCUUGUAUCUAGAUGCUUCGGCAUUCUUCAAAGCCUACAUGUAUACGCCAGGAACCAAAAUACUGUGACUUGUGCACCUUUGUAAAGUAGCCCAGUCAGUGACUCCAAAUGUAGUUGAUGAGAGUUCUAUGAUGUUUUUACCUACUAUGGGAUAAUCAAUUUUGUAUAGAUUAUUAACAUUGUGGCAUGCUCCUACAAUGCUGGGAUUUAAGAACAAAAAGAUUUCAUUGUGUAACAGAAUUUUACAUCUAAGGGACUGUCCUUAAAAGCAGUCUCAUUCUACCUCUCAUUUUAGAGAUGAGAAAAUUGAAGCCCAGAAAUGCUGUCAUUUACUCAAGGUCACAGAGAGAAUUAGUGGCAAAGCCAAGACUAGAACCCAGGUCUUCUGACUCCAAGUCAAGUUCUUUCUACUCUGUUGUGCUGCCUCUCCAGUGUAAUAUUUGCCUUUCUGUAAAUGUGAUGAAAAAUCAUUUGUAAAUAAAGGGAAGCUGACCUCCAUUUUUGGUACAUUAAGGCACUUUAUAAAUGGAGUUUUAUUGUCUUGUUUUUCAUAAGUAAUUAUGAGAUUUAGAAUAUUAUUUCCAUACUUUCAUUAUGAGGUUUAGAAUAUUCUUUGUGGAAAAUAUAAUUUUUGUACUCUCUUUUACUUUUUUACUCUUAUGAAACCAGUUCCUGAUUUUUAAAAUACAAUGACAUCUGUGCUUUUGGAUACUUUUAACUUGUGAGUGAAAUUUUCUGUUAAUUGCUCGAGGCUAAACCCAGUUUAAGGAUUGCUUAGUUUCUUUAUUUUGUUUAUAUUCUCUGAGCUGGUACUUUUCAGAAACUAGGCUAAUUCUCACGGGUUAUAUAUACCAUUUCAGUUUUGACACUUGGUAGUUUUAUUACUUAGGGAGCUUUUGAGUUUUUAAUAUUUGUUCUCAGAGCCACACAAAAUUGAGCAUUAAAUGAAAUACAGAACCAAACAAGUUUUUUAAAUCAAUAGGGUGAAUUUUUGAAGUCUUACCUGAACCCCAAAUAUUCAAUUGCUUACUUUCAACAUAAAAGCAUUACCUUGAUAAAGUUAAACUUUUUUCUUUCUGUUACCAUCUUCAAAACAAAUUAUUUUACAGUUCACAAGAAGGUUGGCAAAAAUAAAUAAAUGUUAUUCUUUGAAGCUCACCAAAAGUUUUAUUAAUGGAAAAGAUGGUUUCAAGACAUGAUCCACCAGAAGCCUUAGUCAUCUAGAUCUCUACCAUAGAAUCUAGACCCACAAAUACAAUGAAAAAUUACGUAUCAAAAAAAAAACAUUUGCAGAGAAGUAUAGUUAAAAGCUAAAUAGAUGGGAGUCUUUUUGAUGAGACCAUCUUUUGGUUUAUGUUUAACCAUUUCCUAACUACAGAUUAAAACAGAAAGAUUGGGGGUCAACGUAUAUUAGUAUUUCUGUGUCAGGUUCUUUGUGUGGUCUUUUCCAGGUUAUCAUAUUUGGAAUCCUCAUAUUUCAAUAAAGAAUUUUGCAUGCUUUUAUGAUUGAUAGAGCAUUUUCAAAUCCCACCCCAACCCCAGCUCUGGGGAAGGAAUUCUUAACUGCAUUUUAUUUUACAGAUGAGGAAGCUGUUUUGGGAGACUUUAAAUGACUUGCCUGAGGGAUAGCCAGUGGUAAGGUACUGACCUUUUUAAAUCCAGUGUUUUUCUGAUGACUGCUGUAUGAAGUACUUCAUUCUGCUGUGGUUUAAAGACCCAAGAAGUUGUAGCUGACUUAAACAGACUCUCCAGUAAAAUCAGUGAGCAAUUACCAUGACAAAAUAGAUUAUGGUGCAAUAGUUCCAUAUACAUUGCUUAAAUUCAUUCCUUCAUUCAGUGCUCUCAUGCGUAUUUCCUACCUUUGCCACUGAAUUUAAACUGUGCAGCCACCUCGCACCACCUCCUUGCCCUGCAGGGCCCUUUACUAAAAAGAAUAAUCAGAAUCAGUAUUUCAAAAUCUUUAGGAAAAAAAAAAAGUUUUACUAAUGCUCAGAUUAAGCUGCUUAAAAAAGGGAGGGAUUCAGAAGAGAGCCUAUGUAUGAGUAAGGAGAACCUGAACUCACCCUGGCUAAGAGAGAGGUUAACUUAAUUGAUGAGGGAAUUCUCUUCCAAGAAGUACAAAUAAUUUGUGCUGCUGGAGAGGGACCUGAGGAUUUGAUUUACAACAUUACAUUGUACAGACACCUUUUCAAGGAAGAACUCUUUCUUAAUUAGUAGCAAUCUAUGCUUAAUAAUAAUACUGAACUUUGAACUCUUCCUGAGGCUUUGAAAAUUUAGUAUUUGCAAUUCUGGUAAUAUUGGCAAGUUUGUAAAAAAAAAAAAAAAAAAAAAAAAACAACAACAACAAAAAAAGUGUCUCUUCAUCCAUCCCAUUAUCCCCAAACUUAGCACGAGCUUAUAUGCUCAGUAAAUGUUUGGUUAACUAGUGAGUAACUCUUGUAGAUGGUAGUGGAUACAAAAGUAAGUAUGGGCUG